GAAAUGUUCACGUAUAUGUUCCCCCAAGUGUCCAAAGCUCCUUGUAUAUAUACAUGAGGAGAAUAUGUUAUUAGUUUACAUGCAAUUUACGAGAGUAAAGAGUUUCAAUAGUUUUAAUCCAUCAUCAAGGGAAAAAAAAAAAAAAAGCAUGGGGAGUAUUGUGGUUGGAGUAAUGGUAAUGGUGGUAGUAAUGUUGGGAAUGCUGAGCAAAGAAGCCAUGGCCACCCAACAUGUUGUGGGAGGAAGUCAAGGCUGGGAUGAAUCCACCGACUUCAAAUCUUGGGCUUCCUCCCAGACAUUCAAGGUUGGAGAUCAACUUGUGUUCAAGUACACAACGGGGCUGCACAGCGUGGUAGAACUUGCGGGGGAGAGCGCGUACAAGAGCUGCGACACCAGUACGGCGUUAGACUCCAAGAGCGGCGGCAACGACGUCAUCAAGCUGACCAAGCCCGGUACCCGCUACUUUGCCUGCGGGACCGCCGGUCACUGCGGCCAGGGAAUGAAGGUUAAGAUCACCACCGUGGCUGCUUCUUCUACCGAUACGCCGUCUUCUUCUUCUUCUUCUUCCUCAUCAUCCACCACCUCCACGGAGGCCGCUUCUUCUCCGGCAAACAGAGUUGAAGUUUUUGUUGCUCCAUUAUUGUUGGUUCUGGCCUUCCGUUUCUUCGCUCGAGUUUAGUCUAAAUUAACGAGUGUUGAUGUUGAGACCACAUAUAUAUUUAGGUAUCCCCGACGGAGUGAGAAAUUUCGAUUUAUUUUCCUCCUUAAGAGUUUGUUUCAUGAGCUAUAUAUGUUGGUUAUAUUUUACAUUUUCAAAUUGCAACCCUUUGAUGUUUUUAACAUAUUUGUUAACAAAUUAACACAUUUUAACCUAUAAUAAUCUGUUUAUAUCAUUAUAUGGAUUCCACCUCACUGGACAAACACACACGCACAUACAAUGAGAAUUCCAA